AUGCCUAAAGCAAAUAAAAGGAACAGUCAAUUACACGCUACAAGAGCUUGUCGCGGGUCAGAUGUAAAGAUUUCGGAUCCAAGUGACUCGUCCGAUGAUGAAUAUCAAAUGGAUAUUGAUGACGAAGAAUUAAGUUUUAAAGACAAACUUUUGGUAACCGACAUUGGUGAUCUUGCUGAAAUGUGCAAGUCGAAAUCUGACACAAAAUAUCUUAGUACUUUGCUUUAUAUGUCGUUGCGUUUCUUCAACAUUAAGCGGGAACAUGUUGAUGACUAUUUGAAGAGUAUUGGUUUUAUGACCGCGGAAACUUCUCAUAAAUGGGCGACAGUGUUUAUUAAAGGAGAUUAUGAAGAAUUUUCAAAUGAUUUNGUGUUCACAAAAGUCGGGAGAAUUCAAGGCUUUGGAUUUGGCUCAGUUUAUUGA